GCCGUUGCUGCCGAGCGCCAGAUAAGUUGCAAGGAGACCUCCACGGCCAUGAAUCGGAUUUGGUACGCGUACGGGCGACCGCAAGGAAGAGUCAUGUCAGCAGUCGUAUCACCAGAUUGGUUUUUCAUCUCGAGUCUCCGAGGGCACCCCGUCCUUGACUUACGACCACCACGACCUUCACGACGGCGACGAGAGCUCCGGCGCGGCCAUGAACAGUCAGAAUCAAACGCUCAAACCAUCUGGACCGGACCUAGGCAGGAAAGGGAGCACUGCAGAGAGUACACCUGUCCAGGUCAAGUUGGAUAUAGAACAUGCGGAAGUGAAAGAUGAUCCACGCAAAUGGUCAAAAACUCGUAAAUACAUUAUAGUCACAAUGAUAUCUGCGGCCUCUAUGAUUGCCGGACUGGGUGCAAACAUAUACAACCCCGCAAUUACACAGAUAGAGUCCGACUUGCACGCGACGGCUGGUCAACUCAGUCUGACGCUGUCGCUGUUCAUUCUCAUUCAGGGCGGUUUCCCCUUGAUCUGGAGUUCAGUCAGUGAAAUCCAGGGUCGCAAGAAUGUAUACUUGACGUCUAUUGCCCUGUGCAUGCUGGGAUGCAUCGUAGCAGCUACGGCGAAGACGAUCAAUGUACUUAUCGGGAUGCGUUGUCUGCAGGCCGCAGGUUCGAGCGCUGUUAUAUCCAUUGGUGCUGCGACGUUAGCCGAUCUCUACGAACCUGCUGAACGAGGUACAAUGAUGGGGAUAUACUAUUGUGCUCCUCUACUCGGACCCUCUCUCGGACCAAUUCUAGGGGGCGUGCUGACCCAGGCCUUCAACUGGCGCGCGACAUUCUGGUUCCUCGCGAUCUUUACAGGCCUGUGCACUCUGUCCUUCGUAUUCUUCCGGGAUACCUUCCGGCGAGAACGCAGCCUUACGUAUCAAAGCGUGCUUAAGCGUGUGCUCGAACAAGAGGUCAAGAAGGCCGCCGCAGAGGCCGCAAGACACCUUGUUUCCGAGAAGCCCGUGGAUGCAGACGACGCUCGCACUGCAGUCGUGUCAGGGGAUGACAAGAGCUCGAAGGACGCGAACGCUCGUGACGCACUUGGCGGGGAUGCUGACGACAGAGACGUCGAGGCACAAGCCACGUUGUCUGCUUCCGAGAUUCCUGCAGCCGUCAAGGAGGUUAGACUCUCCCUGAAGGACGUGAAUCCCAUUGGCCCGAUGAUCCGCGUCCUCAGCCGGCGGAAUAAUCUCGUGAUAUUGUUUGCCUCGGGCCUGCUAUUCGCCUUCAAUUUCAGCAUCACGUAUACCGCAUCGCGGACCUUGGCCAACGAGUACCACUACGACGCACUCGAUACAGGCUUCGUCCUGUUGGCGUAUGGCAUAGGCUGUCUACUUGGCAGCGUGCUCGGAGGUCGCUACUCGGACCAUAUCUUCACCAAGGUGAAGGCCAAACAUGGCGGAAAGAGCCAACCGGAGAUGCGUCUGCAGAGCACAUUGGUCCCUAUGCUGUUCUUUCCUCCUUCCGUCGUGGCGUAUGGCUGGGUGUGUGAAGAACAUGUCCACAUAGCAGCCGUCUGUGUGAUGCUGUUCCUGGCAGGAUUCUUCCAAAUAUCUAUCUACUCGAGCACGCUCGCGUACAUUGUAGACGCCAAUGUCGGCCGUUCUUCGUCGGCCGUGGCCUCCAACAGCUUCUUCCGCGGACUCUCAGCGUUCGUCGCCACCGAGGUCGCCGUGCCACUGCAGAACUCCAUAGGUGACGGCGGGUUGUACUCGCUGUGGGGUGGCCUGACCCUCAUCUCCGAGCUGCUGAUCCUCCUGGUAUGGUGGAAGGGGGGCCAAUGGCGGGAGAAGGCGAUAGCAAGCGAGGCCCGCAAGUCUGGCUAGACCGAACGUGCUUCAUUAUCGGGAUCACAUACAGCCUUCCUUACCAUAGACAUCGUUCCAGAUCCGGGCUGCUUCCCGCACACUAGACAUAGAUGGGACUUGACCGGGCAUCGAGGAACUGCACGCCAUACACGUUUUGUAUUGAGCCCGCAUGCCCUCCCUUGGACCGACGUGCGGUUGCGCUUAUAGCCAUUUACCACACCUAGCGUCAUCGUUGUUCACGCUCCGUUCUCAUAAUCGGAGGGAAUAGAAGAGCACGCAGCUCUAUACGUCAGAUGGUAGCUAUCGCAAUAGGCGUGGAUCAUGCCUUGUUUGCACCGCACUACUGUAACUUAUGCAUAUGGGAGCAACACGCAGAAGAUCGUCACCGUC